AUGCCUGAUGAAUGGGUUGAAAGAGGACUUGUUGCCGAAGCUGCACGCCAGCGCCAACUUGAGACUGUGAACUUCCGCCAGGGGAAACUCGACUUUGACGGUGUUGAGCCUGAGCUAGGGAUGCACCUGUUGUCCUUACACUGGAACCGACAACAUCACUCUUUUCUUGCAACUUAUCGUCCAGCCUUUAUGCGUGACAUGGCUUGUGGCGGGCCUUACUUCUCCAAACUCCUUCUGAAUGCUAUCUACUUUGGUGCAGCCAAGUUCAGCCCACGCCACGAAGUCCGCCGAGUAGCGGACGACGUACGCACUGCUGGCUGGCAGUUUCGUGAAAGAGUGCGUGAGCUUCUAGGCGGCUCUCUGGACAGAAGCGAAAUCACAACGAUCCAAGCCAUGCUAGUCAUGACCAACUCACUCUUCGCCCUAGGGGACGAACGCAGCGCUGCAUGGAUCUAUGCAGGCCUGGCAUUUCGUAUGAUAGUUGAUCUUGGUAUCCACGUGGAUACCCCACACCUUGCAGGCAGUCGCCGAUUGUCUGACGAAGACUACGAAAUCCGGAGACGUGUCUUCUGGGCUGCAUUCGUCAUCGACAAAAUCCAGAGCUUGUAUCAGGGCCGACCCGUCAGCAUCAAGGAGUCAGACACUCUUGUCCCGAUCAAAUUCCAAGAUACAUAUGAAGAACUCGAGCAUUGGACACCCUUCGCAUACUCUACGCAAUCAGACGCAACUUACCUGGGCUCCCCGGCAUAUAGUGUUUCCACAUUUCGGCAUCUUUGCCAGCUCUCGGUCAUUCUGAGUGACAUCCUCAGCACAAUAUAUACCGAGAGAAGCUCCGACUCAAGCCCUGCAGAGCUUUCAUCUAGGCUAGAAAGCAUCCAUUCAAAGCUAACGACGUGGCGACAAAACUUACCCGAGCAUCUUGCUAUAGACGCACACAAGGUUUCUGUGACGCCACCGCCACACGUACUCAGCUUACAUGCCCUUUACAACGUUCUCAUCAUCCUUCUGCAUCGCCCAUUCGUUGCCGACGGGCAUCUCUACAACACUUCACGUGCAAUUUCUGUAAACUCUUUCAUGGCUUGUGCAACAUCGGCAGAUGAUAUUGUAAAGCUCCUGCGAGUAUAUCACAAAGCUUUCAGUGUGCGAAGAGCUCCAUACCUAAUCUCGUAUGCUACUUACGUUGCUGCGACUAUCCACGCUCGCAUUGCCGCUAGACGUGGACCCAGGUCUCCUGCUCAUAGGAACCUCGAGACCUGUCUGGCAGUGUUCCGCGAGAACCAAGAAACGAAUUGGGCUGUGCGGCGCGCCAAUGCGAUUGUACAAAAUUUGAUGAAAAGAAUGGGAGUUGCUACGCUGAAUCCGAACGACGCUCUAAUUGACAGGGAUACUGACAACAGGGGUCAGAGCAGUACCCCAGAUACAACAGCUGGUAGUUCCGUAGGCCGCGAGCCCAGCUUGAAAAGCAUCGAUAUCGAUGGUAUUAUCCAAAGCUUUGUUAGAGAGCGAGAACAAGAAAACGCUCUGCCGGCGCAAACGAAUGUGACUGGCAAUGCUAACCUUCCACAUGCAAAUCUACCUGUACAAUCACAAUGGUCAAACUCUAUGACUGGAAUGCCAGCGGCGACAUCCUACAACGGACAAAAUGACGGUGGCAAUAUUGCGUACGAUAACAACAGCAGCUGGAUGUUUCAAGGCCAGCAGCCGUUAUUCGGCGACAACACCUUUACUGUGGACGAUCUCCUCUAUGGCUUCAACAGCUCAGAAUUGGACCGAGUGGGCAUUGAUGUGGAUUAUACGUUUGUACAGGUAGCUGUGGGACAAGAAUCGGUAGACUUUAGCGGCAACUGUGGAAACAUGUGCUCAGGCGUUGGACCAUUUGCUCUUCAAGAAGGUUUGGUUCGUGCUAGUCCCGGGGAGCGAACUCUUGAUGUCCGGAUAUUCAACACAAACACAUCGCGGAUCAUUGUUGACACUAUUCAAGUCGACGAAGAUGGAUACUAUGAGGAGUCCGGUGACUACGAAAUUCCGGGAGUCAAGGGGACUGGUAGCGAAGUAAAGGUUGCUUUUGUCGAGCCUGCGGGCAGUAUGACUGGAAAGCUGUUCCCCACUGGCAAUCGCUGCGACACCAUCGAUGUUAAGGGGAAUGAUGGCCAUCAGUUUUCGGUCAAGGCAACUUUCAUUGAUGCCGCCAACCCAUUUAUUCUUGUGGACGAGAGGACACUACCGCCAAAUCUCAAGACAGGAAGCAAAGACUCAGCAAGCUAUCUCGAGCAAAUGGAGUCUAUUCGGCGUGUUGGUGCUGUGAUGAUGGGCCUCGCUCCGAACGUAGCUGCAGCGGCAAAGGUUCGAGGUACGCCAAAGUUGGCCAUCCUAUCGUCUCCUCAAUCAGGUGGUCCAUCUGGAACCCCAGACGUUCAUGUUCAGGCAUUCAGCAUGGGAAAGCCUCACCCGAGUCUGCAGCUUACAGGCGCGGCAUGCCUAGCAUCAGCGGCAUGCAUCCAAGGAACAAUUGCACAUGAACUCGCAGAGGAUGCUAGAAUACAGUCUUCGUGGCAAGCAACACCCGAGCGUACACCAAGCCCAUGCUCAGAUUCGGAUGAGAGCCCAUCCGAUCUAUUGCCGAAACAACAGACAGUCACUCUUGCUCACCCGAGUGGACAAAUCAGUGUCGAUGUCUUGUGUACAAGCUCAGAAUCAUUCGCGUAUGUUGACAGGUGUGUCGUUUCUCGGACAGCCCGGCGGAUAUUUGAAGGAAAGGUCUACUACUAUACGGAUGAGGCUUGA